CUAUUCGCUCAUCGGGACAGACACGUAGUCGGGCUAGGCGUCUGUCAGGUUGGGAGGAGAGAGUCAGGAAACUUACCCCCCAUCAGAGUUUAAACUGAAGUUUUAAAGGAUAGCGCGAUUUUAGAGCUUCGAGGGAAGAGAAAGAAGCAAAAAUGAUGACCCAGAUGGAAACGACGGUGCACUAUGAUAACGGCUACGAGGAGGAAGAAUACAUGAUGCAGGAGGACGAGUGGGACAGGGACAUGCUGCUGGACCCUGCCUGGGAGCAACAGCAGAGGAAAACAUUUACAGCUUGGUGUAACUCCCACCUGCGGAAGGCUGGCACUCAGAUUGAAAACAUUGAGGAUGACUUCAGGAAUGGAUUAAAGCUAAUGCUGCUCCUGGAGGUCAUCUCAGGAGAGAGGCUACCUAAACCAGACCGAGGGAAGAUGCGGUUUCAUAAGAUUGCUAAUGUCAACAAAGCGCUGGAGUUUAUCACAAGUAAAGGAGUGAAACUGGUCUCCAUUGGUGCCGAAGAGAUCGUCGAUGGGAAUGUAAAGAUGACUCUUGGGAUGAUUUGGACCAUCAUCCUCCGCUUUGCUAUUCAAGACAUCUCUGUGGAAGAAACAUCUGCUAAGGAAGGCCUUCUGCUGUGGUGUCAAAGAAAGACUGCCCCCUACAGGAACGUUAAUGUCCAAAACUUCCAUGUUAGCUGGAAGGACGGCCUGGCUUUCUGUGCCCUGAUUCACAGACACAGACCCGACCUCCUCGACUUCUCUAAGCUCAACAAGGACGAUCCCCUGGGGAACCUGAACCUGGCUUUCGACAUAGCCGAAAAACACCUGGACAUUCCUAAAAUGCUGGAUGCCGAGGAUAUCAUCAACACCCCCAAGCCUGACGAGAGAGCGAUCAUGACCUAUGUGUCGUGCUUUUACCAUGCUUUUGCCGGCGCCGAACAGGCAGAGACGGCUGCUAACAGGAUCUGUAAGGUGCUUGGUGUGAACCAAGAGAAUGAGAAAAUGAUGGAGGAGUACGAGAGGCUGGCCAGUGAGUUGCUGGAGUGGAUCCGCCGCACCACUCCAUGGCUGGAGAAUAGAACCCCAGAGAAGAGCGUGGCAGAGAUGCAACGGAAGCUGGAGGACUUCAGGGACUACAGACGCAAGCACAAACCCCCCAAAGUUCAGGAGAAGUGCCAGCUGGAGAUUAACUUCAACACUCUCCAGACCAAGCUGCGCAUCAGCAAUCGGCCAGCUUUCAUGCCCUCCGAGGGGAAGAUGGUUUCUGAUAUAGCCAGUGCAUGGCAGGGCCUGGAGCAGGCAGAGAAAGGCUACGAGGAGUGGCUCCUCACCGAGAUCCGGAGGCUGGAGAGGCUGGACCACUUGGCAGAAAAAUUUCGCCAAAAAGCCACCAAUCACGAGAACUGGGCCAGUGGUAAAGAACUGAUCCUCUCCCAGAAGGACUACGAAACAGCCACCCUGACAGAAAUUCGAGCGCUGCUCCGAAAACACGAGGCCUUUGAGAGCGAUCUGGCAGCCCACCAGGACAGAGUGGAGCAGAUUGCAGCCAUUGCACAAGAGUUAAAUGAAUUGGAUUACCAUGAUGUUGCUUCUGUGAACCAGCGUUGCCAGAGCAUCUGUGACUUAUGGGAUAAGCUGGGAACACUAACUCAAAAGAGGAGAGAGUCACUGGAGCGUACAGAAAAGUUGCUGGAGACUAUUGAUCAGCUGUUUUUGGAGUUUGCCAAAAGGUUAGCACCUUUCAACAACUGGAUGGAAGGAGCCAUGGAGGAUCUGCAGGACAUGUUCAUAGUUCAUACCAUCGAGGAGGUGCAGAGUUUAAUUGCCGCUCACGAGCAGUUCAAAGCCACUCUGCCCGAAGCGGAUGCAGAGAGACAGGCCAUUUUGGGAAUUCACAGUGAGGUGCAAAAAAUUUCCCAGAGCUAUGGGGUUAAGGCCAACAUUAUCAACCCCUUCAGCACCAUUACAAUGGAGGAGCUUCUCAACAAGUGGGAAAAGGUGAAGAAAUUGGUCCCUCAGAGAGACGGUGCCCUCCAGGAGGAGAUGGCACGCCAGCAUACCCAUGAAAUGUUGAGACGGCAGUUUGCCACCCAGGCUAAUCUCAUUGGACCCUGGAUUCAGGCCCGCAUGGAGGAAAUUGGGCGCUGCUCCCUGGAGAUUGGAGGCACGCUGGAGGACCAGAUGACCCAGCUGAAGCAAAUUGAGCAUGUCAUUGUUGCUUACAAGCCCAACAUCGACAAGUUGGAGGGAGAGCACCAGCUAAUCCAAGAGUCUCUUGUUUUUGACAACAAACACACCAACUACACCAUGGAGCAUAUCCGCGUUGGGUGGGAGCUGCUCCUCACAACCAUCGCCCGAACCAUUAAUGAGAUCGAGACCCAGAUCCUGACCCGGGAUGCCAAAGGCAUCAGCCAGCAGCAGAUGAACGAGUUCAGAUCUUCAUUCAAUCACUUUGACAGGAAGAAGAACGGUGCCAUGGAAACGGAUGACUUCCGAGCCUGCCUCAUCUCCAUGGGCUAUGACUUGGGAGAGGUGGAGUUCGCUCGUAUAAUGAUGCUGGUGGACCCAAAUGCUACCGGACUUGUCUCCUUCCAGUCAUUCAUCGACUUUAUGACCAGAGAGACGGCUGAUACGGACACUGCUGAGCAGGUUGUUGCAUCCUUCCGGAUCUUGGCAGCUGAUAAGCCCUUCAUACUAGUGGAUGAGCUGAGGAGGGAACUCCCUCCUGAACAAGCGGAGUAUUGCAUCAUGAGGAUGCCCUCUUAUGCUGGGCCAGGAGCUCCACCAGGGGCACUAGACUACACCGCCUUCUCCACCGCUCUCUACGGAGAAAGUGACCUUUAACUGGGGGAGGGGAAAUAAAACUCCACAUCUGGCCAUUUUUAUUCCUUCAUUAUUCUUCUCUUCACUUCUUAAUGAAAUUAGCUCUUCUAUAAUUCAUUACGGAGCCAAUAUGUUGAAUGCAAUUAAACCUUUAACAGUUAAUUAUAUUUUGGCUCUUGUUUAUUUUCUUCUCAUAAGCAAAGUUAAAUCCCCUAAAUCAAUCUAAAUUAGUCAGAGACUGAAUAUGAGCAGUGGAUUGUAAGUUUAUGAUUGAUAAUAAAAAUCACACAUUGAACCCACAAAAA